AUGGCAGACCAGGAUCCAAAAAUCACUCUCCUCCGAAGCAAGCUAGCCCUCUUGAUGGGCCGGGAGGAAUGUCCAGUGUACGACUCGAUCAAGGCGCAGCAUCCACAUGCGCUAGAAGAGCCAUGGUCAGAAGAUAUGAGCGGACCUCACAAGCGUGUUGUGUUCAACAACAAAACCUUCGCAAUGCACCAAGUCCUCACCCAGGAGGAAGCCUACAAGUGCACUUUCCAACCCCACGCAAUUAACUGUGGCGAAAACAUUAAGCUGCAUCUCGACGACAACCUUUUCCGCGAUCUGGAGCAGGCCGAGACCAUGGACCUGAGCACCUUGAAACGAUCCGAGGCGAUCACGAGGAGGGCCGUCAAGAGCAAGUGGUUCUAUGCGUUGACGGGUUGGGUGAAUGAGAUCAACGGUGGGCCAGGGAAGAUGGGUCCCUCACCGAGUGAAAAGAUCAUGAUAGAGGGAAAGGAGGAUGCGAGCAUGAGUAGUAGGAAGCCAGCAUAG